GAAAACGACGAGCAAAAGAAACGGAAUCGGAUAUCCCAUCAGCUUAAGAGGGAAAAAAUUUUUUUGGCAAAUUGCGUCCGUCUCGUCAACGGAUGGACGGGCGAUGGGUGUAAUCGGUGCAAAUUUGCAGAUUGGAGAGAUUGGUUUCAGUCGACCAUCUGGAUCGAGAUUGUAUCUGAGCUAGCGAAGAUUGCCCCAAACGAGCGUUGUCGAGUCCCCGGAGGUGUCACCUUCAUGCAGGAACAGCUAAAGACAUUUUUAGUCUUUUCCUUGCAGAGUCCUAGGAAAGCUUGUCCCAAGAACAUCGCUGUCUACGACAACUGAGAGCCUUCACGUCACAGCCAAGCUUUCGUGGUUUACGUAGACCCUAACGGAUAUCAGCCCUGACAGCCAUUAUGGAUCGCAUGCCCCUGGUAUCAGAGCUUCUUCUGGACCGUGUUCGUACAGAUCCUGCCCAGAUCGUACAACAAUGUGCUUAAAGGAGGUUCGGAUUUUCCAACACAUGGCUUCGUUGUCCUCACGACACAACCUGGACGACUUACGACGACACGAGGCUGAUUGAAGAACAUGCAGUCGUCCGCUUGGAGAGACGGGAUGUGUAUAUAAGGAAUAGGCAGAGCAAUCGUCGAGUUCAUCGUCACAAUCACAGCUCACUACAUUCCUCUCGACAACAACAGCAACAACUUCCACCACACUCUUUCGCGCUCAUUCGCCUUAGAACCAACUCCGCUUCUAAACCAACCAACCGAAUCAUUCAAAAUGCAGUUCUCAGCAGUCUUCGCUCUUCUGGCCUCCGUUGCCGCCGUUUCCGCUCUACCACAGACACAGGCAAGCUACACUCCAUGCUCGACCGGCCAGCCACUUUGCUGCGGUCUUGGCCCGAACGGCCAGCCGGAUCUGAACUGCGUCACUCCACCAAGCACUCCCGGCAGCAAAACCGACUUCACUCAGAUUUGCGCCAAGCUGGGCCAGCAGCCCAUCUGCUGCACUUCCGGCCCCGUCUCCGGCGGUCAAGCGACCGGUUGCCAGGCUCCAAACAACUAGGUCCGUUAGCAAUACGAACUCGAAAAAGGGUGGGGGGUUGGGUCGGAGCUUGAGAGCGAAAGCACAUUUGGGCGUCCAGCAUUUGGGACCUGAUGGUGUUGUAAAUCAGCAGGCAGCCUCAUCUGUUCGUCUUCGGCGCUCACGUCGCUUUGCUCGCGAGGACUGGGCGCAGGCUAGUGUUGUCUAUUAGAGGGCGCUUCGGUUCUAGAUAAUGGUGCUAGUCUCUCCUUUAUAAUCUAGGCAUAUGGGUCGGCUUUUUUUUCAA